AUGUUUUUACUCAAAAAAGCAACUUCGAGACCACCAAAGCCAGUUGUCACUCCUGUUAUCCCAGCUAUCCCAAUACAACCACUUCAUAAAAAAAUUACUUUAGUAAUUGAUAAAAAUGUUUUUGUCCUAAUUGCAGGAAAGGAUUUUUUGGAAAUUGAAUUGAAAACUGGAAAUAUCACUAGGAAAGAUAAACAUGAUCCUUCUCAGGACGCAAAGUAUUAUUGUGUAUUUGGCAUAGUAGGAAUGCUAAGGUUAUUAUCAGCACAAUACAUAAUAGUUAUUACAGAUAGAAAGGACCUUGGUAAAAUUCAGGGUAAAUCUGUUUACAUGAUUAAAAGAGUAGCAGUCCUACCUUUGAAUUAUGAAGACGCUCUAAAAAUCCUUGAUAAACAUCAUUGGCCUGUUGAUGGAGAAGAUCAAGUGACUGCCGAUAUAUUUCUUGAAGAUUUAGGGGAAGGGCAUAAAAGAUACGUUUCUAACACAAUAACAGAAACUGAUGUAGAGGAAGCGACAAAUAGUUUGCCAUCAACUUCAACAAUUUUAGAUUCACCAUCACCUUUAUCAAUUUCAAUUAUACCUCCGCCUCCUAUACCGCCAUCAUCACCAGAAUCACAAUCAAAUAAAAGGCAACAAUCUUUAUUAUCAAAAAUGAAAUCAGCAAUUGCCGAAUUAAAUAGAAGAAGAUCUCCAUCAUUAUCUUCAAAUGGUUCGGAUUCUGAAUAUGACGAUAAAGAAGGAGGGUUUACAUCGGUUAGCACUACUAAUGAAAGUACACUUAUUAGUACAGGUGAUAAUAAUAUCGAUAUUUCAAAAAGUCCAGGUAAAUUGUCACCUUUAUCCACUGCUGCAAAAAGAGUUAGUGAGGUUUGGGAUGGUAUUACUAGCGAUUAUGGAUCUACAAAAACGAUCAAUAUAAAGGAUCCCAUAGAUAACAAAGUAAUGGAUGCAAGAGUUGCUAGAGAAAUUGCAUCAUUCUUUCGCGAUGCGUUUUUCUAUUCUUAUGAACUUGAUAUUACAAGAUCUUUACAACAAAAACAUGAAAAGGGAUUUAAAGAAGACCUACCUCUUUGGAAACAGGCAGAUAAGAAGUUUUGGUGGAAUGAACAUAUGCUUAAAGGAUUUAUUGAACUUGAGCUUGAUGGUUGGAUAUUACCCAUAAUGCAAGGUUAUGUUCAAAUUGAGAAAUGUCAGAUUGAUGAACGAUCAUUUGAUUUUAUAUUAAUUUCUCGAAGGAGUCGUGAAAGAGCGGGUUUGCGAUACCAACGUAGAGGAAUCAAUGAAGAUGGUGAUGUGGCGAAUUUUGUUGAAACUGAGCAAAUACUUUCAAUUGAGAUUGAAGAAAUUAGUCACGUAGUAUCAUUUUUACAAAUUCGUGGCUCGAUUCCAUUAUUUUGGUCGCAAUCACCUUAUGGUCUUAAGCCGAAACCUGUAUUAGAACGUUCUGAUGAUGACAAUUCGUUAGCAUUUAAAAAACAUUUUGAUAAAUUAAUUGGAAUGUAUGGAAGCAUAAAUUGUAUUAAUUUAACAGAAAUAAUUAAUCGUGAAGCUAUUGUUGGAAGAGCUUACCGCGAAGCAAUUAAUAGUUACAAAGACGAUACAAAUAUCGAAUAUAUUGAAUUUGAUUUUCAUAAAGAAUGUAAAGGAAUGAGAUAUGAAAAUAUUUUAAAACUUGUUGAAAUACUUGAGCGCAAUUUCAGUAAAAUUGGUUACUUUUGGCAAGCUAGUAAAACGACAAAUGAAGCAGAAAUUCAUUGCAAACAAGCAGGAAUCUUUCGUACAAAUUGUAUGGACUGUUUAGAUAGGACAAACGUUGUGCAGAGUGCUCUCGCUAGGGAAGUUUUAAAUCUUCAAAUGCUUAGAUUAGGAAUUUCUGAAUUUAUUGAUGGCGGAUUUUCUCAUUAUGAGCAAUUUGAAAAUAUUUUUAAUGAUGUCUGGGCAAAUAAUGGAGAUUCUAUAAGUAGAGAAUACGCUGGAACCAGUGCACUAAAAGGGGAUUUUACUAGAAAUUUACAAGGCGUCGUUAACGAUGCAUCUAAUUCUUUGGCCCGUAUGUUUCAGAAUACGUUUAAAGAUUUCUUUAGACAGGCCACGAUUGAUUAUAUAUUGGGUAAUCAUUCAAUUGAAGUUUUUCAGGAACUUCAACAGAAAUUUGAAGCAUCACAACCUGGAGAAGCAGAAAGAUGGGCAAAAGUUAGAGCUACUGCAAUUGAAAUUAGUAGUUUUAUUGUCAUUGUUGAUAAUGAGGAAAAGAUUAAUGGCUGGACAUUUUUAUCGCCCACUGAACAAAAUACGCUUCGAGGCAAGUCUUAUGAAGAAAAGGUAUUGCUUUUAACUAAAAAGGCAUUAUAUAUUUGCACGUUUCAUUAUCGUUUGGAAAAAGUUAUGCAAUUUAAGCGAAUUGGAUUAGGUGAAAUCACUUCAGUUGAAAAAGGAGAGUACAUUUUAUCUACAUUGUAUCCAUCAUGUGUGUCAGUCGAAGAUAAUUAUGGUUUCAUAAUAUAUUAUAGAGCGUCAGGCGAGUCAAGUAGAACAAAUUCGGCAUUUAGAAGUAAUUUGGUUGGUGAGGCAACAAAAUUUGUUGGAGGAAGCGGACAAAAAGAACAAAAAACAAGUCAACAAGCUGUUAAUGAAGUAGUUGAUGAAAUUGUUAAAGCUUGUUAUGAAAUAGGUAAUGCCGAUGAUGUUGAUUUUGUUAUUGAAAGACCUAUUAUAAGUUUGGAAGAAGCAAAUAAGAAUACUGGAAUCAUGACUAAAGUGGGAUUUAAAGUUAAACAAGCAUUAUGGCUUUGA